AUGGAAUUGGUCGUUAAUGAAAAAUCUCGGUACAGAAUUUUCCGAAAUAGACAGAAGGGUCUAAAGAAGAAGAUCCACGCAUUGUCAACUCUGUGUGAUGUUAAAGCAUGCAUGAUCCUAUAUGGUCCUAAUGCCCAUGGCACCGAGUCUUCUCAGCCUGACAUUUGGCCAGAAAAUCGCAAUGAAGUUGAAGGUAUAAUUGAAAACUAUAGGAAGGAGAGGAAGAAAGACCACGGAAAGAGGACACUGGAUUUAUCUGAUGUUCUCCAAACCAAGAAGAAGACUAACCUUGAGCUGCGAGAGGUGCAGGAAAAAAAUGUCAAAACCAAGACCGGAGUGGAUGAGUUUUCCUAUGAACAACUUAUGGAAAUUAUUGAUAAAUUGGAUAAGAAGCAUGAAGCUGUGCAGAAUAUGAUUGAUUCAAAGAAGGGAAAAGCGAGGCUGAUGAGUGAGACUACUGUGGGUUGCUCUAAUAUCAAAGUGCCCGUGGAUUGUCAAGGCACCGGAGUGGUGGAAUCUGAUUUGGGUUUCAUGAUGAACCAGAUGGGGAUGGAAAUGAUAAGAUGGAAAUCAUAA